AUGGCAAAUCCAUCUUCUCUUCCUCUUCAAGAACAAAAGCCUCGUAAAAACACCAUACCACGAGUUGUAGAGCUUAUCAUCCUCUUCCUUCUCUUAUCUCUCCUUGUUUACCGUCUGUUCCAUCUCGGAGACCAUGGCUGGCCUUGGGUUCUUGCCUUUUGCUGUGAGUCCUGGUUCACUUUAAUCUGGAUUCUCUCUCUAAACAAUAAGUGGAACCCAGUGUAUAACAAAACUUACCCAGAACGCCUCUUGCACUGGAAACCUGCUCAUGAGCUUCCCUCGGUGGACAUGUUCGUCACAACGGCCGACCCGUCCUUGAACCGCCGAUUAUCACCAGCUCCAUUUCGAUACUAUAAUGGCGAGUCAUCAUGGUCCGAAGAUAGUUCAUUGGAGUUCCAAGACGAAUGGAAAAAGAUAAAGGAUGAAUACGAAAAGCUUUGCCAAAAGAUUGAAGAGGCGUCGCAAACAUCUGCGCCAUGGGACCUAACAGUGGAUUUUGCAGCAUUUUCUCAUACAGAGCGCAGAAACCAUCCAACUAUAAUAAAGGUUAUAUGGGAGAACAAGGAAGAUCUUCCCAAUGGUUUGCCUCAUCUGGUCUACAUCUCCAGAGAGAAGCUUCCAAAGCAUCCACAUCAUUUCAAAGCUGGUGCCAUGAAUGUUUUGACCAGAGUGUCAGGGGUGAUGACAAAUGCUCCUUUCAUGCUGAAUGUAGACUGUGAUAUGUAUGCCAACAAUCCCCAGAUGGUUCUUCAUGCUAUGUGCAUGUUGCUUGGUGCCAAGAAUGAAAGGGACAGUGGCUUUGUUCAAUAUCCACAAUGCUUCUAUGAUGGACUCAAGGAUGACCCAUUUGGAAAUCAGUUGGUGGCUUUGUUUGAGGUGCGUGCAAAAUUUAGUUAAAUGAUAUCCGCACUUAAUUUAGAGAUCCAAUUCGAUACAUAAUUCGUUACAAUCACUAGAACUCGUUAGAUUAAUUGUGAGUUCUAAUAUUAGAUAAAAUUCACUAUUAAUCAAACAGAUGCAAGUGACUAGACUUACAGGUUUAUUCGAGAUGGUUAACCAUAUUUUCGAAGGAAUGGAGGUCAUCGGUUUGAACCUCAUAUUUGAUAGUUGUAAUAAUAUUAGUAAUAAACAAAUGACCGACCCUGACUUUUUACUAUUCUGUAAAAUAACACUAAUAUGGACAAUUUCAAUUUGAUUAACCUAUUAAGCACAUUUUUUCUUUAUGUCUAAUUCAGUAUCCGGCUCGUGGAAUAGCGG